AUGACAGCAGAAGAGAGUCCAAUGUCAAAGGUUGUACAAACCGGUAUUGUUGGAGGUGCAUUCGGUGCAUUGGCAGCAACUAAUAUCACCUACCCAAAGACACCGUUCGUUACACAAACCACUCUACCAGAGUUCUUCCGUAGCACCAACUCUGUCUUUGCAAAGAGUAUCACUGCCGGUGCUCUCUUGGGUCUUUCGUACUCUGCCGGUAAACACUUUACCAAAUCGAUUCGUCAACAAGACGAUAUGUGGAAUGACGUCGUUGGUUCAUUGGCUGCUGCACUCACCGUCGGUAUAUACAAAUCAAAUAUUAGAAUUACAGUUGGAGCUGCAUUGUUGUUUGCACCAGCAAUCUAUGCUAUGAAGAGAGUUAAUUUCGAAAUCGAUGAUACUGCAUCUCGUAAUGCAGUACGUAUCAACAAAGAAGCAAGAACUGAUUUAUUCCUUCAAACCAAGCUCAAGGAAUUGAAUUCACAAGAUGAAGCAUUGGAUACUGCUCUAUAA